CCUUGAUAUUCCGUUUGUCUCUCUUUCUCUCCCUUCCCAACUCUAUCUCUUGUAAGAGACCAUUUGCACUCAUACCCUUCGUUCGGGAUAGGGAAGAGGAAGAGUCUCAAGGAACCAAGGAACCAAGGAACCAGGAGGCACCAAAAGAACUAACCUCGACAACAAAGAAAGGCGCUCCUCCCUUUUCCCUCAAUCUUCUCACGACAAUACGUAGCUUAUUCUAUCUGACAUCACCCAUCUUCAUUAAGAAUCUGCGUCAUGUUCAAUUCGACAUCAAGUGUUGGACAAAAUGGCGGGCCGGGCACAGGAGGACCAACACGAGGGCCAUCAGCUCUCCCACCAAAUCCCUAUAUUGGCAGCAACAACACCGAUACACCAUUAUCAUCAUCAUCCACCUCAGCAUCACUUUCCACUGCUACAAAAAUCCAUGUCCACAAGGACGACUUCUCCAAAAGGGAUUUCCUGAUUGAUCCAGCCUUUUUUCCAAAUGUUCAACCCAAUGACCUAUUUGAGAUAUAUGACCCCAUAUUACCAAGAGAUAUAUCUCGAAGAUUGAUCAUUCAAUGGACUGGCCCUGAUAAGGACACUCAUCUUAAGUCUCCUGUUCAGGUGUCAAUCGCCACUAAUAUUGCCAAGGCGUUCGGACUCUUACCAAGACAGGAUGUCAUUGUGCAAAGGGUAGAACCAGCACAGUAUGCCGCAAAAUAUGUCGAGCUGACAUUUCGGGAUCAAUACGUUGGGCGAAGCGACAUGUGGCGACUUAGAACCAGUCUUGUUGGCUCAUGUGUAUAUGAGACAAAAAAGAUUUUGUUCCUUGGGUGUAUUAGAGCCCAGGUCAAAGAGAUCUAUGUUGGCAACCAAUCGGUGGCUAGUGGAUAUAUCACUUCAGAAACAAGGAUCAUAUUUCGCUCAGAGUCAGCUAAAUAUUUCAUCUUUAUCCAAAUGUCGCGUGAGAUGUGGGAAUUUGAUGAAGAUGGUGAGAUAUUCUUUGAAAAGGUGAUUUUUGGGUUUCUCCCAAACCUCUUUGCUCGCUGGCGAGGAAAAAGAGAUGGCAAAUCGGAGCUUGAGUCAGCCACCAACCAUGUUGUUUCGAUCGUUCUUUUUUCGAGAGUCUUUUAUCAAGAAGAGGAGGAAGCACGGUUUCGCAUUGAUGGAUAUCCUGGAGGCCAGUCAGCGUUGCAGAGAGGGGACGACGGCCGUUACUUCCAGGACUUUUACAGGGUCGUUGUUGAUUGGGAAGCAAGAACAGAUUGGACGACCGCCAUUAUUCCACUUAAGGAAGAGAUCAUGAAAUAUCAGCGAGAUAUUUUGCUACGCUCCUCUGGACAAUAUCAUAUUCUUUCAGGUGAAAACUCAUUUGCAUUCGAAGGCAAUGUUCUAGAGUCUAUCAAUCUGGCGCUUAAUUCGCUUGACAAACACUAUGUAGAUCGUGAUCUUCAGAGGACAGGAUUGUCAAUUGUUAUGAUCACUCCGGGAUCAGGGUUAUUUGAUGUUGACAAAAAACUACUUCGCUUGACAACAGAAAGGAUGAUCAGUGGUGGGAUUGGCUUAGAUAUGGUAUGCCUCUCAAAGAUACCCGCUCAUAUCGUACCACUCUUCAGAUGGAAAGGCCCAAUAUCAGACUCUAACGCUUUGCCGACAAUUCAACAUGGAACUGGCGCCUCACCGUCAAAUUUUAGCGUGCCCAACGCAAAUGGAAGCAACCUAAUGGUCCGCUCUACCAAUGUGCUCUCGCGACCUAAUUCACGCCCUCCGUCUAUCAGGGAAUCGCCUGCAGACAACCGAGCUGCCACGCCAUGGGCUAAGGCUUCCAAACCUCAUAGCCCAAACCCCCUACCAGAGGUUGAUGUAGACAAAGCCGACCCUCUCUACUACGAUUCACCGCCAACAUUUCCAUCUGUCUCUAAAACGUAUUACAUGAUGCCGCACUGGGUCGACUGUAUGUUCUACGUCGGUUCAGAAAAACCGAACCCCCAAAAAUUUUAUACUCGCUGCAAGAUGUAUGAAUUACAAAUGAUGGGGAUCAUGGAACACGAGAUAUCAAACAUAUCAAUUCCUUACAUUAACGAAAGCUAUAAUCCUCAGUACGCAGUAUCCUUUGGGAAACGGCUUAGCUCGACGGAUGUCCUUACUGCCCGAAGUCAAUUCUCCAAUCCAGUUGACUUUGAGAAGCACGAUAUUGAUGUAUUUUCGGAUCCCAAUUCGCCUUUAGCGGCCGAAAUCAAGCAAAUAAAUGAAUUGUCCAAUCAAUCGUCUCGAGGUAUGACGAGAGAUACCCUUUCUCUUAAUAACCUGGAAUCAUCAGUACCGCGAGCCUCUAAUAAUGGGCGUCGGUAUGACGGGUAUUUGGGAAACGCUGCAUACCAAUCAGUUUCGAACCACAAAAAUACUUCCAAUGAACUGUCGCGAAGUCUACCCAGAGCCUGGAAUGCCAUGAAUGGGGUGUCAACAAGUACGAUCCCAGAACAUCAAGUCCUUAAAGACCUAGCAGCGACAUCUGGACGUGUUUCAUUCUCUCUCAAGAGUGCUAACGGCUUCUUGGAGGAUAGUCGAACUGUCAAGCAUAGUGACAGGAAUACUGGAGACGAUUACGGCAAUCAUGAUAUGAAUGGACAGCAUGGACUUCAGGACGACACAAAUGGCGACCAAACCAACUACGGGCGCACAUCCACGCACAGCUAUAUCGAUAUGAAGCUUAGACCUGGACAUGCACGGGCAAGUACUGAUGAUGAUCCAGGCUUUUUGAGCUCAAGCACGGUCACACCAAUCUAUAUCUCUAAAAAUCACCGAGCUUUCCAAGAUGAGGGGGCUAUCUCAGAGAUUUCUGUAGCUGACUCGUGCAACACAGGCUCUUUGUCGAGUGACAAGGGCACACGGACAUACAUCUCAAACGCCACUGGGCAUGGAGGAAGAAUCAUUCAAACUCGUCAGAAAUCCAAGCAAACUCUUAUCAAUCCAUGCAACCCACCAAAGACCAUCAUCCGUAUGACAUCCCAUUUGAGACGCUGGCAGCAUGCCUUUCCACGAGUCAAAGCACGCUGUACAUCACCCAAUCUUAUUCGAAGCGAGGUCUACACGGACGGAUUAUCGAACACAGAAGCAUGGAGAGGUUUGAUUUCUCCGGCAUCCCUACCCUUGACAACAGACUAUUUCCCAACUCGAGAAGAACUUCAGGGCCUAUAUUCAGAAUAUAUCCAUACUAUCUCCCCAAGUGAAGAUGUCAGGAGCUUCAGCGACCAGGAGCGAAGAGCAAAAACCAAAGCUCUAAUGAAGGAGCUAAUUUACCACCGUUUAGCGCAGGGAUUCCAACUCAUUGUUGAGAGUACAUCCAUGACUUCAAAGACAGGCAAGGCAGAUCAUUUCAGUGCACCUCUGGAAAGGAAUACCGCAACAGAAGUCCAUGGGACAAUUAAUAGGUGCAAUACCAUCGGUGUUGGAUCAGACGAGCAGUCGGAUCCCGUUGCAAUGGAAUUCCCAUGCAAAGGUACUGGGAAAAGCAGUGGUGUUGUGUCCAACAAUGCAUCUAAAGAUAAAUCCUAUUACCUCAGCAUGGGGCAGCAGGUUCAUCGCCUCUCAAUCGACACAGAAGGAAAUAUUGAAGUCAAGCGAUACGAACGCCGUUUUGAAUAUAAACCUGAAAGUAUCAAGUAUCAGUGUGUUAUCUGGGCCAAACAGCUCCCGAGCUACAUGCCUCGAGACUUAACUUUCUCAUACCCACCUCUGACACAUUAUCAAUGGAAUUACCUGGAUCAUCUUGUCUCAGGAUAUCAAGAGGAGCUUACAGAAGAACUCUUGUACUGGAGAGCAAGAUUUAUUUUGAUCCCUACUGAACACGUCGUAUCGAACAACAUGACAAAUGUAACCGGUGAACACUUGGAUGAAGAAGAGAUGCGACUUGCUGGAUUUCAAAGGUUCUUGGAAUUGUUCCACAAGGCGCGCUACAUUGAUCUGCAAACCGAUCGGGCGGGUUCAUUGAAGAAGCAAGACUCGUCUGUUAAGGUCCAGCUCAUAACCUGCAGUUUUGCAGCAUGGGCAUUUUCAGAACUGGCUAAAAAAGAGCUUGAUAACGGACAGACAUCAAACACGGCUAUACCUGUAUUACCAGAAUCAGAAAAACUUAAUCGCAAUGUCAAGGUUCAGACGAUUGCUACAGCGAUUCAAAACUCACUUACAGGUAUCAAGCUACAGGAUCGUCGCUGGCACCUGCGAGUUUAUAAUAGCGUCUUUUUAGGCAAUGAGGUUGUGGACUGGUUGAUCAAUAAUUUUGUUGAUAUUGACACACGAGAGGAAGCCACAGAGUUUGGCAAAAAGCUUUUUGACAAAGGCCUGUUCAUCCACUGUCUUGGGAAACAUCAUUUCAUGGACGGCCAUUACUUUUAUCAGUUUUCAGGCGAGUAUGCUCCUUCCGGGAAAGAAAGGAAAGGCUGGUUUCGCAAUACAACUACAUCCCUUACUAGACGUGAUGUCGAUCUGGAGAAGAUCCUGAAUAAGGACAGAGAUCCCGAUCCUUCCUCAGAGAAAAUGACACGACCCUCUAUUAAACUGACUCCUAGUGCUACUAAUGGAUCGACCACGACGCUGGGGUCGGUUACUGGGGUGGCAGGCGGUGCGACCUCAGGGCUACUCAAUAACUCUCAGCCCUUGAACAGUGGUACGCCGUCAUUCAGAGAGCGUAUAGAGAUGUCUCAGAAGAUGUUAUCGCCCAAAAAGGUAGAAAUGUCCAAAGCAAUUACGAUUGAUGUUGAUCCAAACAAGAGAAGUGGACGAAGAGAGACUGCAAUCUUGCACUAUGAUCUCGCACACAAUAUCAAACACUGUUACCAUUUCCAGCUACAUUGGCUUGGAUGCACUGCCCGAUUAAUCGAGGAUAUGCUUCAAAGCUGGGGCAGGACUGCAGAGCGAUGCGGACUUCGGUUAGUAGAAGCACCAAUUGAGCAAGACACGCAAGGGCGCGCAUUUAACCCCUUUGAAAGCCCUGCACCUAUCAAACUCGCGCUUCGCCCACCACCCACCAAGGGCUUCUUCAAGCCAGCAUCAUCACUUGAACCUGAUACAGAACCUGUGCAAAUACCAAAACUGCAUUUUUUUACCGAGCUAGUGAAACUUCAUGGAUUUAUCCUCGACAUGGAAUCGGAUGAACUCUAUCCGCCAAUUACACAACUCACCUACUCGUACAAACGAGCUACUUACAAAAACAUUCAGUACGUGCAUCGGUCAGGGGUGGCAUUUAUUCAAAUCUCGUACAAUGGACCCUAUGAGUUUUUCUGGGUUAACAAUCGCCUUUUGACAUCACACUCGAUUCCUACGCCUGAGCGAGACCGCAGCGACUGGGAUCGAUCCAAAAUUAGCGGGGUGAAUGGUGGAGGUCAAGAUGGUGGUUCGUCAACAAACAAGAGUGCCUCAAAUAAUGUACCGAAUCCAGACGUCCUGCGAAAGAAAUUCGCUGCUACGUGUGCAGAUAAGGAAGCGCUAGCCAAGAUUUGGAGUGAAAUAUCGAGCCAUCUUGAGACUGUAUCUGGUAUUCAAGAUAUUUUGGAAGAUGUUCCUGAUGAAAGGGUUGUUGAGCGUGAAGGUUUGGAUUGGGUCAUGCCUUCGCUAGCGGCGCCUCGUCGCAAGUCUGAUAUCUAUGCCGAUAAUACCCAGGACAACUCGGCAAGCAACGGAGCGGUGGCGGCUGAUACUGCUAAGGAUAGCGGAUCCAGUAAUGAAUAUGGGUCUAAUGGUGUAGCUACGACGGCUGCUAAUGUCCCUAUGAUUCGUAUCGACAUGGAUCCAACGUGCGAUGAUGGCCUGAAAAUGACCGAGGCUGAUUCUAAUUCACAAAUUGAAAUAGAAGUUUCCUCACAGCCAUCGGCUCAUCAGCAACCGCAAAUGCCACAGGCACAAGGACUUUCAUUAGAUUGACCAGCUGCGCAAACAGAAAAGACAUCUACACCUAAUAGCCAGCACAUUAACCUUUGAAUAACGUCUCCUAACUUGGAAAAAUAAAAUAAAUAACAAUGCAAAAGCGG